UUUUUAUUGCUGAAAACACAUGUAUUCCUUUGUGCAAUUCGAGGAGAUUCUGAAACUUCUCUUCACUAAAUUUUAUUGCCCUUUUUCUCUCUUUCGAACGUAGGGUUUAUGGUCCAUCGAUCUCCAAUAUUUCACCUUUUCUAGCAGCCUAGCAGUGUAGGUCCUCAACAUCCAGAACACAAAUACUAAAACUACCUCUCCAAGAACAAAAUUUGCCAGCCAACGAUAAUGACGACUACAUCUGAUACCAAAUUGAGCAUGAAGCUUUUGAUUGACACCAAAGCUGGCAAAGUCCUAUUUGCUGAGGCUGAAAAGGAUUGUGUUGAUUUUCUCUUUCACAUUCUUUCAUUGCCUGUGGGAACUGUUAUCAAUCUUCUUAAGGAGAAAGGAAUGAACGGAUGUUUGCCUAACCUGUACGAAAGCGUAGAAAAUCUGAAGGACACCUAUAUUCAACCGAACCAAUGCAAGGAUAUCCUUUUAAAACCCAAGUCUUCAGUUGGGAUCUCUUCAGCUCCUUUUCUUUUGCUUAAUGGCGAUGUUCCGACACAUGAGAAGACUUUUUAUGGCUGUCACCGCAUUAGUUCCCACUUAACUGUUUCUGAUGACCCUACUGCUAUCUGUACAAGCUGUCAAAAUCGUAUGUCAACAGAGCUAGUUUAUGUUGCUCCGCCGGUAGCAGCGAGUGGAGCUGUGAAAGCAACCGGGGGUUUUGUGAAGGAUGUGGUGACAUACAUGGUGGCAGAUGACUUGGUGGUUAAGCCCAUGUCCACCAUUUCUUGCAUUGCCCUUCUCAACAAGUUUAAUAUCAGGGAUUUAGGUGUGCUAAAGGAGGAAAUAGUAAGUUUCGGAAUGGAAGAGGCGGUGGAGUUGCUGAAGGCAUCUUUCGAGUCGGAAACAGUUCUGACCAGUGUUUUCAUGAGCCGCGUCAAAUCGGAGAAAUAGUCAUAAGACAAAAUGGAAUUCUCUCUCUCUCUCUCUAUAUAUAUAUAAAUAGUUGUUUCCUUUUGUUUGAUUCCCGCCUGAAUUGAUUCUGAUUUUCUAGGUUAAAUCUAUUGUUAAACCAUAUUUGUGUUCAAAGUAGUACGCUUUUGUUA